AUGGUUUAUACGUCUUUAAGUGUGUUAUACAUACAUGUUAAAUGUCUGAAAUGUCCUAACGAUAUUGCAGACCCUAAGAUAUCGUCGGCGGUGCAAGAUAUAAGCAACGAGUCUUCGAGGCCGACAGCGCUGGUGGUGCUGGGCGGGUCAGGGAGUGCUCGCGCUCGUCUACUGCACUGUCUACUGGGUAGGCGGCUGUUGCCCGACCCCAUGCCCAGGGGCUGCCGAUGGUUGUGUAUCCAGUACGGCAGCAGCACACAGGUGCACCUGACCCUCGGCAAUUCGGAGUUCGAGCUGGUGGAGGACCUGGAGUGCAACCAGCGCCCAUGGGAAACUAUACCCUUGCAGGAUUUACUACGUCAAGAUAACGCAGAUUUAGCAACAAUGCUAGAAGUGGAAUUGAACAAUCCGAUACUAAAAGACGGUCUUCGUAUCAUAGUGCCAGCAGACAUCGCCGCGGAGACUGCCGGCGAGCACUAUCUCAGCCUCAAACAAAUACAUUCAGAGCUCUAUCACAAGAGGGAUUCCGUGUUCAAGAAUUACACUCCCAUAUAUCUAUAUGCUGUGGACAGAACGGGACAGAAUAUAUUCAGUGAUAACAUAAUUGCGAGCAGGAUAGCAGCUAGGAGUGAAGAAGAUUUCUGGUCAACAUUCAAUUUGUACUACAUGACGCGCAGUGAGAGUAGUGAAGGCGAUAGGAACGGUGAUGGUGAAGGUGAACAUUGCGGUGAUGAAGUGAAGCUGGUCAGUGAUGAAGCCGCCGUCUUCACUGCUGAGAACUGUCUCGAUCUUCACCAAAUAAAAGAACUAAACCCAAAAGCCCAAGUCUUCUUCGUUCUCUUCUCGGACAGCGUGGACGCAGAAGAGAACAAAAAGAACCAAGAAGUAGAGGAGAGGUUGCAUCUCUGCGUGGAGGCGACCGAGUCUACUGAAGAUAGAUUCAAUACUGAGGAACUGCCAGAAUCUGAUCAAGUUUUGAUACAAGACGGUGUUUUAAGACGUGAUGUAAGGUCUGGAGAGCAAAGUCAGCGUCGUCGUGAGUCUCAGAUCGCGUUCAUGAACGAACUACUCGACCACUGGGACAUGAUGUUCGGUCCGCCAUCGAAGUACCAUGCGAAAAGUCAAUGGGUGGUGUUAGAUGACGGCGAGGUUCUGCGCUCAGUAGUCGAUAAAGCCUCCACCUCCAAGUGCUCCGACGCCGGCGACACGUCGACGAGACGGCGACGUGACGACAACGACAGGACGAUACGGAGCCGACAGAGUUUUGUUAACGCAGUACUCAAGUUUGCGACUGAUUGCUCCCAGAGUUACUUGUUGGAAUAUUGCACGAGACUGAGUGAGGUUCACGUGCGUCUACUGCAGCAGCUGAUCCUGGCAUCGUUCGAGCUGGCGCGCGAGCUGCAGGUGCUGCCCACCAAGAUACAGUACGUGGCGCGGCAGGAGCAGCAGCUGUACGAGGUGAUCAGCAAGAAGUUCAGCGGAGGAGAGAAGCAGCAGCAGCUGGUGCAGCUGAUGCAGGAGGUGCUGCAGGACUUGCAGACAGAGCUCGAUGAUAUGGACUGGAGUGUUGAUGAUUUACCGUGUCACCAGGAUAAGCGCUACGUCCUCUCCAACUCCAUCUUCUACUCCUCUAAGAGCAGCCCCACCGCCUCCCUCCGCGACCUCGCACCCCCCCACCCCCCCUCCGACGUGGAGGAGGCGCUCUCCUACGACACCUACAACUUUGAAGACUACGAGAUUAUUGACUCCAAUGAUGAGAGCCUCACUUGCAGCGACACUUAUACAACACCUAAGAGUCAAGAUGAGACAUCUCUGGUGUCACAAAUCGGUAUGAUCAGAGUGGAGAAUGAGUUGUCCCUCUCCAGCACAGAGCGCGGCUGGAAUAAUACUGUUGACACCACUGUCACUAAUGCCACCAAUGUCAGCAAUGCCACCAAUGUCAGCCAUGCCACCAAUGUCUCGAAUGUCACCGUCUGCACGAACACCACCAAUAUAUCUAUCAAGCAAGCUUCACUGGAUGUCCAACAAACUGUUCUUUCGAAGUUAAGCCGCAAGAUCAGCUCCAAGCUGGUCACCUUCGUGGACUGCUUGAAGGAUUCCUACUUCGGCACCUUGCAGAGAUGCGUGCAGUCGCUGGAGGCGAGCUGCCGCGCGGAGCUGGGCGCGGCGGGCGCGGCCAGCGCGGCGGUGCGCCAGCUGUGCGCGGCGGCGCGCGACGUGCGCCUGCAGCCCGCCGCCUCCUUCUCGCUGCUGGCCUCCCUGCUGCACGCGCUGCGCACGCUCUGCUACAAACUGCGGCUGGGCGGGGGCGGCGGCGGAGGCGGCGUGGGGGAGUGGGGGCGCGGCGCGGGCGCGUGCUGCGUGCUGAGCCCGGCGUGGCGGCGGCGCGCGGCGCGGCACACGGCGCGCUCGCUGGACCCGCACCGCCUCGCGCGCAUCAUCUCCGCACAGAUCGUGGAGCGUCUCCGCGAGGCCCACGAGCAGUACCAGUCGGCGCUGGCGGCGCUGCAGGGCGCGCUGGCCGGCCGCCUGCACCACUCCGAGGAUGUCAAGCUCUCCAUCAGGAAGAAAUACGCGCCGGCUCUAGCCCGGCUGUGUCUGGAGAGCACCUCCAUGUGCGACCUGCUGAUGCACGGCAUGCCGGACCUGGGAAGGGAGAUUGGGCGCGGGCAGUACGGCGUGGUGUACGCGGGGCGCGGCGCGUGGGCGGGGCGCGCGCCCGUCGCCGUCAAGUCCGUGCUGCCGGCCGACGAGCGCCACUACCACGACCUCGCCAUGGAGUUCUUCUACACCAGGAGUAUCCCGGAGCACCCGCGCGUGGUGCGGCUGCUGGGGUCGCUGGUGGUGCGCGGGGGCGCUGGGGGCGGGGGCGGGGGCGGGGGCGGCGCGCCGGGCGUGCUGCUGGUGUGCGCGCGCUACACCCGCGACCUGCACGCGGCGGUGCGCGCGGGGCUCGGCUUCGCCGCGCGCAUCCGGAUAGCCUGCGAUAUCGUUGAUGGCAUCAGAUACCUGCACUCGCUGGGGCUGGUGCACCGCGACGUGAAGCUGAAGAACGUGCUGCUGGACGGCGAGGGCCGCGCGGCGCUGGCCGACCUGGGCUUCUGCGCCGCCGAGGCGCUCAUCUCCGGCUCCGUGGUGGGCACGCCCGUGCACAUGGCGCCGGAGCUGCUGCACGGCGACUACGACGCGGCGGUCGACGUCUAUGCCUUCGGGAUACUCUUCUGGUAUGUGUGCGCGGGCAACAUCAGACUGCCGGCCGCCUUCGAGGACUUCCAGAACAAGGAGCAGUUGUGGAGCAAAGUGAAAAGAGGUCUUCGUCCCGAAAGGUUGCCCCACUUUACGGACGAGUGCUGGCAGGUGAUGCAGUCCUGCUGGACCUCCGAGCCCUCCCAGCGGGCGCUGCUGGGCGACGUGCGUCUCCAGCUGGAGGACAUCCUGCAGCAGGCGCUCAGAGACGAGACCCUUAGAGACAGCUGUGACGUCACCGAGGGGAAGGGCUAUGAAUCUGAUGACAGCCUUUAUAUGACAGGAAUACAGAAGAAUGAGAAAAAGUGAACCUUAUGUCUAUCGGAAUAAAGAUCUAUUUUGAUUAAGAAUUAGUUUUAUGUGAAAAAUGAACUUUAUUGUCUUUUAAAAUUGGAAAGCGUAAUGACGAUGACGUCAUAACUGUGAUUGAUAUUGUGUGAUAUUGAAAAAGCAACUUUAUGGCUUUAAGAUAAGGAUCUCUUGAGUGUAAAGUGAAUUGUUUUGAGUGAAGUUAUUGAAUAAGGAAACUGAAACUGUGAUUUUGUUGAAAGAUAAAGUUAUUUUACUGUUAUUUUACAUUUUUAAUGUUGACUUGUAUUUAAAAUUUGACAAACUUGUUAAAAAACCAUACGAUACGAGCCGAUUGGAUUAAUUUUCGAUAUUAAGAGUAAAUAUUGAAUUUAUCAGUACAUUUUAAUGUGUCCUGCUAAAAUGUUGCCAAAUUUGUACUGAGGUUAUUAUUUUUUUACAAUUUAAAGAUAGAUUUUCCAUUUUAAACAUAAAUUUUAUUAAAUAUAAGAGUAAUUUUUAUAAACUAGUUUCAUAUAAGAAAUAAAUCACCAUAAUAUUGUAAUUUCUUGUCAAAAACACCAAACAACCUGAGUAUUAUGAAAAUUGGAACCCGUCACAAAAUUGUACCUAAAUUGUUUAAGUUUUCUAUACUUUAUGAUUCGUGUAAAUAUCAUGUAAGUUAUCUGCAAAUUAAGAUGAAUAAAGUUAUUUUGUAUCA